AUGGCGGACUUCAUUCAAGCUUUGGACCCCUCAAAGCUGGUUCUCGCCGGGACGACACUGUCCUUCGUGACCAGCGCGUUCCACGCUCCCGUGUACAAUCUCCCCAUUUUCCUCUUUGGCAUGCUCGCGCAGGAGAGCCAAGAUGCUAUCCAGUCCCUCAGAGCGUUCACGAUGCUUCUCACGGGGUCGGUUGUGUACGAUAUCAUUUGGAUGUCCAGAAACUCUCAAAACUGGUUCGUCAAGCUUGUUACCAUCCUUAUCCUCAUCGUCAAGCUCCCCACCGCGCUCGCGUUUGCGACUGCGCUCCAGCAGCGAGGCUCUUCCUUCCCCGGCCUUGGCAUCCGCGGCAACGACCUUUCGGGUCCGACCGUGUGGUCCAUGCCCGGAGGCUUCACCUCCAACUUCGGUGGUCGCGACGGGUACCAGAACGUCGACGAGCCGGCGCCAGGCCCCAAGCCGCUCAGCGUCCCUCCCUCGCAGCCUCAGCCGCCCUCUGCCCCCCCUCAGGCACCACCGCAGGCACCAGGCGCGUACCAGAACGUUUGA